AAGACACAGAAAGAGGAGGGAGGGAGGCGACAAGGAGGGAAACACAGGCAGCCGCUGGGGCUGGGGGAGGGGGGAGGAAGCCCAGUGCCAUCAGUCGGCGCCCAGGAAGAAAAUGGGCACAGCAGCCCACGCUCGCUCCGUGGCCAGCCGCUCCUGACAGCUGGAUUUGAACGCCCUCCCCCUGGCCCCCUUUCUUUCUCUCGAGCUGCCAGGAAGAAGUUGGGAAGGCUUUCCCUUUCUCUCCCCCCGCCCCCGGUCCUUUGCCCCCGUUUGCCAGCCUUCUCCGCCCGGAGUUUCCUCUUGCUGACCGGAGCGAGCCCCAACCCAAGGGAACGCCAGCCUGGAAGCCCGUCCGCCGGAGCCGGAGCCGGAGCCGGAGCCCGAUCUGCAGCGGGCAGCCCGCCGUGUGCGGGGCGGACGGCACCGCCUGCCCGGGGUCGGCCUCAGUGCUCGCCCUCAGCCCCCCGGGAGCGGGGCUCAUCCGUGAACUCGACCCCCAUGGGUCCCCCGGAGCUUCCUCUGGGCCAGACGCGGGAAUGCCCCUGGCGCUGAGCCGCGCCGGCACCCAGCUGCUGCGGGGCGGGCUCGGGGCGCCGGCGGGCGGCGGGGCCGGCUAGCUCCGGGGCAGCCUGCGCCUUUCGGGGGAGCCCUCUCUCAGCCGCGUCCGGGGGCUCGGCUCCCCUCCGGGCUGGGGCGCGGGGCCGACGAUGUGGCCCGGGGCGCUCGGGGAGCCGCGGCGCCCGGGCCAGCAGCCGCCGAAGGGCAGGAUGAUGUGUGGCCGCAGCCUGCCGGUGCCCGGCGCGUCCUCUCCAGCCGCCCCCUCCUGCUCCUGCUGCUCCGGCCGCGUGCCGCCUUCCGCCCAGGGCCGGGAUGGGGGCCGCAGAACUGUCUGAGCGUCCGCGGCCGCCUGCGUCUCGGAUCUAAUCGAUCGCCGUCCCUUCGGGCCGACAGGACUCCUCCGGGGGCCAGCCGGGGCCGCCGCUCUGAGCCCGGGGCCAGGGGCUAGGCGCGGCGGCUGGGGAACGGAGCGGGGCCCUCGGGGCGAUGCCUCGAACCCUCGGACGCUCCAGAGCCGGGGCCCUCCUUCUUCCGGACCGGCCCAUGGCAGGGAAGCCCCGCUAAAGCGGCCCUGGGAGGGGCUGGGCCGCGCUCAGCACCCCGAGGACUCCCCCUCCAAUCCGAGGCAGAGCUUCUCCGCGGGCGCUGGGGAUCAGGGGUCCCCCCGCCGAGCCCUUCCAGACGCUCAGUUGCCGAAGGUACUCCCACCGUGCGGGUCUAUUCCGGAAGGAGCAAGGGAUUUCCCUCCCGCUGACGGGGCUCUCAGUCCCCUCCUCCCCGCCCCGUGCCCUCGCCGUGGGGGCGGGCGGGCGGUUCCCGGGGGCGCCAGGCUCCCGGGGAUCUCCCUCCCCAAGGUCCCUCCCCUGCUUUUCUUCCUCCCUCCCUCCCUCCCUCCCUCCCUCCUUCCCUUGUCUGCACCGCUCGUGGUGAAUCGAGGUUCCCACAGCUUCUGGCGCUCCUGGAGCUUGCCCCACAGCUGGAACAGCUGCCCCGGCGCCACCAAACCUGGGGGAGCGCCACCUGCUCCUGGAGCCCAGCCCACCUGCCCCGCUUCGGGGUCCCCCCCCCUCCCUUCCCAGGUAGCCUCUGGCUUCCAGACCCGCGGCCGCCGGGUCCGUUUGGAACAAAACCCACACGGCCCCGCUCCCCCCGUGCACACAAGCACCCGAGGCCCGGGGACUGGUGGGCGAUGUCGGCGGCGCCGGCUGAGCUGGGGGGCAUGGCUCCUUCGGGCUGGCGGAGCCCGCCCGCGGGGACUUAAGUGCUUGCCCGGCUCCUUCUCACCCCCGAAUUUGGCGGCUUCUUUUCGACAGGCCCUUAGCUUGGAGUCACUUUUUAACCUUUUAUUUUGAUCGUUGCUGUUGGCAGGGGGCACGGCCGCCCGCCCCGAGCUCACCGCUUUGUACACACUUUUUAUAUCGAGCUCUCACUUCCCCCCCCUCCCGCCUCUGCUCGGGGCUCUGGGUGCAGCCAGGACCCCCGGGGCCGGGCUUUGGGGACCCGGGCCCGGAGCCGCCUUCUCAUUGAGGACAGCACUUCGGUAACCAGACCCUCCAGAGCCGGCCGGACUCCAGGCAAGCCCGGCCCAGCCCCUUGCCCAGCCUCCCUUCGAAAGCGGAGCCCCGCGGGUUCCGGGAUUCCGGGCCCGGGUGGGGGGCGCUUCGGGGAAUAACGAGAGCUCGGGGUGAGCCGGCUCGCAGGAAGGAUCGCCGUUCUUUCACUUUCUGCAGCGGCGCUCCGGGAAGUUUACACUCGGAUUUACAUUCGUUUUGUCUCCACCAACAAACCUUCGUGGUCCCCCUACUUGCCCACGGCUCCAGACUGACUUAGGCGGCCGCCGGGAGCCCCGUUUUCUCUCCCGCGGCCAACACCGAGCUUCCAAAUCACUGCCUCCCCUUUGCCCAAUCGAGGCACCUUCGGGGUCCUGACUGCCCCGCCUCGGAUUAGAAGGAGAGGGGUAAAAGGGACCUAAAGGAGAUUGCAUUAGAAGGGAAGGCGGCCGGAAUCUCCUUCCUCUCCCGACCCGGGAGCCCCGGGGGCUGGAGGAAGGGCCCCGACGGCUGAGCCGCGAUGGCCGCGGCCAUCGCCAGCUCGCUGAUCCGCCAGAAGCGCCAGGCUAGGGAGUCUAACAGCGAUCGGGUGUCGGCCUCCAAGCGCCGCUCGAGCCCCAGCAAGGAUGGGCGAUCCCUGUGCGAGAGGCAUGUCCUCGGGGUGUUCAGCAAGGUGCGUUUCUGCAGCGGCCGGAAGAGGCCCGUGAGAAGGAGACCAGAACCCCAGCUGAAAGGAAUUGUGACAAGGUUAUUCAGCCAGCAGGGAUAUUUCCUGCAGAUGCACCCAGAUGGGACAAUUGAUGGAACCAAGGACGAGAACAGUGACUACACCCUUUUCAACCUAAUCCCGGUGGGCCUUCGGGUUGUGGCAAUCCAAGGAGUGAAAGCCAGCCUCUAUGUGGCAAUGAAUGGAGAAGGGUAUCUCUACAGCUCCGAUGUUUUCACACCUGAGUGCAAAUUUAAGGAGUCUGUCUUUGAAAACUACUAUGUUAUUUAUUCUUCUACACUCUACCGGCAGCAGGAAUCUGGCCGAGCUUGGUUUCUGGGACUCAAUAAAGAAGGUCAAAUUAUGAAAGGAAACAGGGUGAAAAAAACCAAACCCUCAUCACACUUUGUCCCUAAACCCAUUGAAGUGUGCAUGUACAGAGAGCCAUCACUGCAUGAAAUUGGAGAAAAGCAAGGACGUUCCAGGAAAAGCUCCGGGACACCAACAAUGAACGGAGGGAAAGUGGUGAAUCAGGAUUCUACAUAGCUGAGAACUCUUCCCUACUGUGCACACUCCUCCCCUUCCUUCCUCCCCCACCCCUGGCACCCCAUCCCUUCCCAGUCCCCAUGGAGACAACAAUACACUCACCAGGCAGGACUUAGGGGCUAAGAUUUGGAAGGCAAAAUCUGUGUAUGGGGAAGAUGAAUUCAACCUCAAUCUUGCCUGUUGCGAUGUUAGAAACACACACAUACACACACACACACACACAUACACACAACACAACACAUCACAACACGCAGUGUAAAGAAAAAUGGUAAAUGAAUCUAGUCUCCACUAUCAUUUUUAAGCAAACCCUUCACUCUCUUAUGGGAGAGGGGAAAGGUAGCACCCUGCAUAAUUUUAAUAAAGAUGCUACCAGAAAAAAGCUAGGACUUGGGAGAAUUGAACCUUACCCCUGAGGUUCUCCACUGCCCCCACCACCCUAGACUGCUUGAAUUGCUACAAAAAGCCCUCAAGUGGGGGAAGGGCUGCUUUUGUGUUUUGUUGUAUUCUUUGUGGCUGUCUCUGUAAUUCCCUAUCUUUUUAAGAAGCCUGAAAAUGUGUGGGUUUGUGUUUUCUGUUAAAGCUUUCCAAAUGCCUGCUGAAAAGACCCUUUUCAAUUCCCUCUUCUCCUAUCUCCCUCUCCCAUCAUUCAGACCAUUCUAUCCGGGACUUUGUAUAACAGAGAAUAUUAGAUUAUUCUUCAUCGCAUAUCAUGGAACAGAGUUGCAGGUGGAAGGGCAACCUUAAUGAUGUCUAAUGGUCUCAGUUGACACUAAGUUUUCAGGAAAAAAAGGCUUUCAGAUCUUAGAGGUGAAAUCAUUUACCAAAGGCUUUGUUAUGAGGUCUAUAGAAAAUGCCAUUUAGAAAAGUUGCCCUUAUUCGAUUAAAGGUAUCUUGGAGAUGUUUAUGGUCACGCUGGAACUCCCCCUCUAGAAAUGUAACUAUUUAAGUUAGUCAUUAUAUUCAUCUCCUGUGUUGUGGAAACUCUUGAGGUGGAAGAUAAUGGAUUUCCCAUAGAAAAUUGUUCAUCCCGGACUAAAUAAGAAAAUGGAGUUUUGAAGAAGGGACAUAAAUCCUGGCACAUUAAGGGCAAACAGUCCUUUAUUCCUUCCCCUCUUGCUUGAAGUUGAUACUUACAAGGCAAUCCCCAAUGUCAGCUAGGGCAUGAGGAAGUACAAUAUUGUGCUUGACAGCUGACUUAGGGCCCAAAAACAUUCUGCUUUCUCUUCAUCCCUCUUGGACCAUCAUCUGGCUGGCAAUGUACCUAUCUCUUGGACACCUUAUAGAUUCACCAAUUUUCCUGAAUGCCGCAGACAGUCUGAGGAGUUACAUAUAGUCUGGAUUGUGUUCUCAGGAGUAAGUUUAGGGAUUUCUUGUAGGGACAUUAUAGAUUCUUAAAAUGUGAUUGAACGAGGAAAGGAGAAGAAAGGAAGUGGCCAGAGAAGAAAGGAAUUACUUACUUAUCUGUGACAAAUUAUAAUGUCCUUUUUGAAAUUAAUGCAAUUCCAUGUGUGAGAGGGGGAAAUGUAGAUAGGGAGGAAGGGAAGAAUGGAGGGAGGGAGGGAAAGAGAGAGAGACAGAGACAGAGAUACACUUACACAGAGACAGAGACAGUCGGACAGAGACAGAAAGAUGAAACUCAUCUGGGUUUACAGAUUUAGAACUAGAUAGGACCUCAGAGGUCAUUAGGUCUAAUCAUUAGGUCUAACCUCCUCAUUUCCUGGAUGAAGAAUUGAAAUUUAGAGUUUUAAGUGGCAGUGCAUGAAUUUAAAUCCAGGCUCAGAAUGGCAGAGAUAGCAUUUUCUCUAUCGUAUCCUGACUGAAAAUAUAAGCUGCCUUGGUAGCUCUUAUUGAAAGAAGCAAACAAAGAAGUAGACUAAACUAUGAACAGCUUCACCAUUUCAUAUAUAUUCUUUCAAAUACAAAACCCAUAAUUCCCCCACUUGCUGCCUGAAGAUCUGGGAGUUACAGUAAUCGUGACUUUGAGAUGGGUCCUCAUGUGCCCUGAAAGUAACUUCCCUUUCCUUAGCUGUAAACAAUUGCUUCCACUUGUAAGUGUUCGUGAGUGGCUUUUGUGCUAGACUAUAUCUGUGCAGCUUUCCCCUACUCUGUCACCAUUUAUUUCAUCAAGGCUUGGCCAAAAGUGGAAUGGCAGAAUAAGGUCAAGAUCUUACAAGGUAAUAGCAAAGAUUAGGCAUGUAGGACUUUGGCAAUAAAAAUUUCAAGAUAAAUGCUUUGAAAUGUCAGAUAAAACAUUAAGUUCUAGCUGUUGCUCUCAUAGGAAAAUGACAGGGGAAAGAGCUCCAAAUUUGACCUGAUUCCUCUUUGCCCUUCUCCAUUCAACACAACUGUAGAUGUGCUUUUAGCAGCAUCAGGUAAUCAAAUGACUUAUUAAGAAUGAUUUUCUUUAAAAUCAUGCAGGAAGCUUUUAUUUAUUGGGAAUGGGUUCUGUAGCAGGGGCUCUACUUGAUCUGCAGAGAGUUUACAAAGAAUGACCCCAAAGGAAAGAAAAGAACUAUUUUACCAAGUGGAACUUGAAAAAAAAUUAUAAACACAUACAGGACGAGAUUUAUUUCAUCCCUUUUAUUAUGAAGAGAUAAAAUGAAGAGAGAGAAUUCAAUCAUCAACAAAAAGACCAACCCAAUUGCAAUGUCAUCUACUCUGUGCCAUGUAUAUUUGAGCAGAGAUGCAGAGAUUAGUUGUCCUUUGGCUAGUUUAAGUGAGAACAGGAAUACUAAGGACACAAAUUAGAGCCCAUUUUUCUUAAUAAUUUGAAAUAAAUGUUCAGCUCAAUAAAUUGUUUUGAAAAUGAAGGUGACCUUGCCCUCCUGUGCAGGAGCUUGAGCUCUCAGCACACCAAGAGUGAAGGACCUCCUACAUAAUGGCUGAGGAUUAGUGGUGGAAGGGAGUGUCGGGAACCUGUGCGGCUGCUGCCCACACAAUGUUGUCAUAAAUAUAGAUAUUGGCAAAGAAAAAAAGAGAGUUCAUCUCUAGUAGUGAUAUUGAAUUGUAGAUAAUCCACCUCCACCCACUUUUCAGUGAGCUCUCAAACACAAAAAUCCCACCUACCCAAACACUUCUUCAACUUAAUCGCAAGUUAAACAAUCUUUUUGUGGAAAAAAAAUUGUUUACUUUCUAGCUCUUCUUCCUAUACUUUAAUUCAGAUAGUCAUUUCCAGGCCUCCUACUCUUCCUUCUUUUUUCCCUAUUGGCCAAUCCAGUCCCUAGUGGUGCCAGACUGUGUUUAAUACAGCCAGUUGCCUUCAGGGACACUCCCUCAACUACUAAGUUCUCCAGAAGACACAAGUAGUCGUGGGUGGAUUAGGAUCCAUGCAUUUUUAGGCAAUCUGUUAAAGCAUUAUUCAAAUACAUGGAGAUGAAAAUCAUAUACACACACUGGGAAACUCACAAGAGAGUUCCUAUCUGGGUAUAUCUGAUACCCUCCAUUCUUAAAGGUGCUGCUAUUUGGAGUUUUCAAGAGAAAACACAACUUAAAUGCUAGUUUUGAGUUCAGAGUUGAUGGGCUUGUGACAGAUGAAGGGCAUCAGAGAGUCCAGAUGGUCACCACAGCAUUGGGUCAGAUGAUGACUUGGCCAUUUGAGUUUCCCAGCAUCCCUUCUCAUAGUACAUUCCCAGCCCUUCCUCUCAGUGGAUUAUACUAAUUGAUUCAGUAAAGAGAGAACCCAGUGACUAAUGAGGCUAUGUUGGGGUCUCCUUGAAUCUGAACACCUAGCUUGGAAGCACCAGCACAUUUAAUAAAACCGAGUCUUUGUGAUGGGGUCUAUUUCUGGAUCCAUGGCCAAUAUAAAUUGUGCUGAUGACCAGUGAGUUGCUGUUGAUGGGAGGCAGCAGAACAACAGGAAGGAAACAAAGGAGAAGGACCAAGUUGAUUUGCUUAUCCUCAGAAAGUUAGAAAAUAUGGUGUGUUUGGCCAAGCAUGGUGACCCCCAUGAUGUGAUGUCUAGUCUUACUGAAUAUUGUACCCUCCCGUUUCUCUCUCCAUGUUCUAGUCCCAUCAAUACGCCUUACUUUCUUGGAGGAGGUUUUCCAUGGUAUUCCCUUGUUUCAGAGUUCUCUUUCUCUAUGUCAUCGACCCCAAAUGACACUCAUCCUCUUCUAACCACAUCCCAAAAGCUCAAACGCCUCCUCUGUCCAAAAUGUGUAAAUAGCAUUUUUUAACAGGAACAUAUUUAAAAAGGUGGAUUGUUCUACAAAUAUAUAUGUACAUAUAUAUGCAUCUGAAAUAAGGAUAUAUUAUAUAGAGUUUUUUUUUAAUUUGUCUGAUUUGUGGUCUAGAUAUAUAUGUGAUAUAUGUGAUAGAUAUAUCAAAGAAUCAAGAGAUUUGAAUGCAAAACUUUAUAUAUAAAUGUAUAUUUCUACUGAUAGCUCAACAUGCCACUUUCUAAUAAACAUGAAACAGGUAAGGGACAUUGAAAAAAAAAA